CUGUAAAAAAAGUACGGUGAUGAUCCCGGUGAUGCAUGUGUUGUUUUAGAGUACAGUGCAUUUAAGUAGAACUUAAUGGAGGCUGUUAAUUAUUAGCUUCACGUUAAUGUUGUAUAAUAUUUAGAGAAAACCCUAUUUAUUAGUUGGAGGCGCGUAAGUAUAUUAAGAGGAAAAUAUAACUCCGAAUAUCUAGGCCAUAGCCUAGCUAGGCUGCCUUCUCCUGUUUUGUACUCUCCAGCUGCAGGUGAAUAAUACACCGUCACCGCCCAUCUUGAUUUUGAGGAUCGAUGCAUACCUAGGCCUAGAUAGACACAGUCCAAUAGAAUAGAUCGUUUUGUGACAGUGCUAUAAUCAUGUCUGACACAUGGAGUGAUAUACAGGCUGUCAAGAGGCGCCAAGAAAACCUUCGUGAGCGAUUAAAUAGACGUAAGAAUGAACGACAGAAUAUUGCUCUUGCGGGAGCUGGUUCAGCAGGUAGCAGCUCUCCUUCUCAACAGCAGUCCAAAUCAACUGACCAGCAACAGAUUGCAACAAUAGGCCCAGAGGUACUGUCUAGUGGAAGGCCACAGACAGCUGCAGAUGAUAAUGUUGUGAAACAAGUACCACCUGAACCUGCAACUACCACCAGCAAGAGCUCAUCCCGACUUGGGGGUCCUUCAUCAGGCACACAAGGCCAACCACAGAGUGUCGGAGACAACAGUGCAACAAAACCAUCAAUAUCUGAAGUAAAGACAGUCUUAAGUAACAAAGCAGAAACCGUUGAUAAAAUUAAUCCAGAAAUUGAAAAAAAGUUGCUGGAAAACUUAGGGAACCAUGACAUGAACCUUCCAAUAGAUUCUACAAGUAUACACAGUUUAAUAUGCAAGGAGUUAGAGGUAGAGGUCUCUCAGAUUGGUAUUCAUAGUUUGUUAGAGAAGCUAGCUGCUCAAGAGUUAAUAAGGUUGAAAGAAAGUCACAAAACGGAUGGAUCUCCACAACUUUUAGUCACAUCUGUUGAACAUGGCAAGAUAAAGGCAAUGACAAGUCAAGAGAAAGAGGAACAAAAUAAGACAGGAUCAAGGAAAAGACCCCAUGAAAGGGAUGAAAAAGACAGUGAAAAGGAUAGCAAAAAGGUCGCUUGUGAGCAUGCACCUGAAGAGGAUGAUGAAAGCUUCAUCAAGAACUUAUUGUCAGUCAAGUCAUUCAAAGAGCAAAAGAGCAAUGAAGUUGGGAAGGAAAUCUUUGACCUACUUAAUAUGCCAACCGCCAAAGAGCAAUCCCUGGCAGAAAAGUUUAAAUCUGCAAGUGGCACAGUACAAGAAUUCUGCCCUCAUGGGACACGAGAGGACUGUGAGAGGGUGGCCGGGAGCAAUACUGUUCGUUGUAGCAAGCUUCAUUUCCGACGGCUGAUUAACAAGCAUACUGAUGAAUCACUUGGCGAUUGCUCUUUUCUUAACACUUGCUUCCAUAUGGACACAUGCAAGUAUGUACAUUAUGAAACAGAAUAUCCCUCCACACUGGAUAAGAUAACUGCCGCUCCUAAUAAGGGCAUUCGCGGCGACAGCACAGUGACACUUAUACAGCCUCAGUGGGUACAGUGUGAUGUACGCUCGCUCGACAUGGAUGUACUUGGCAAGUUUGCGGUUAUCAUGGCUGAUCCUCCGUGGGAUAUCCAUAUGGAACUUCCAUACGGCACUAUGCAAGACGAUGAGAUGAGAAAGCUGAAUGUUCCUGGUCUUCAAGAAGAAGGGUUCAUUUUCUUAUGGGUCACUGGAAGGGCUAUGGAACUUGGACGAGAAUGUCUGCAGUUAUGGGGCUACAAACAAGUUGAUGAAAUCAUCUGGGUGAAAACUAAUCAACUCCAAAGGUUAAUUCGCACAGGAAGGACAGGUCAUUGGUUGAAUCAUGGGAAGGAACACUGUUUGGUCGGUGUGAAAGGAGAUCCGGCUGGGUAUAAUCGGGGCCUUGAUUGUGAUGUCAUCGUUGCCGAGGUGCGAGAAACCAGUCAUAAGCCAGAUGAAAUAUAUGGAUUGAUUGAACGUCUGUCACCAGGGACGAGGAAGAUUGAGCUUUUUGGGAGGAUGCAUAAUGUGCAGCCAAAUUGGACUACGCUGGGAAACCAGCUAGAUGGAGUAAAUCUCAUUGAGCCUGAUAUGAUAGAACGAUUUAACACGGCAUAUCCGGACGGUAAUUGCAUGAAACCAAGAGAGAAGAAACCAACAGAAAUUAAUAAGAACCAAACAAAGAGGUAGACUUGAACAUUGCUAGCUGACAAGAGUGUAAAACCAAAGGAAAAGAAUUUAGACCACCUGAUAUGAACAAUAGUAACUUCAUAAAGAGGUAGAGUACUUGAAUAUGGCUAGCUGAACAAGUGUAUGAAACCCAUAGAGGCAAAAGUGUAAAAAACCACCAGUAAUGAACACUAAGAACAUACUAAAGCGGUCAACUACUUGAUUAUGGUUAGCUGACAAUGAUAUGAAGCCACCAGAAAUGAACAAUUGUAACUUAUGCAGUAGACUACUUGAAUAUGGCUGGCUAAUAAAUUUAUGAAAGCAAAAAACAAGAAAGCAUCCUAAGAUUGGCAAAAAUAAUGUAGAAAUACACAACUUAACUAGCAAAUUCAGAUUGUUAUAUAAAUUUGUAUCAGGUCUCUCUCCAAUUAAAGACCACUUUUGGGACAGGGGUUUAUAUAGAUAAUAGACAUUUGUUAAUUUGGGACUCAGAAAGGUGGUCUCUAUUUAGAGGUGGUCUUUAAUUGGAGGGGUCUUUAUUUAGAGGAAGGCCUGUAUAUAUUAUUCAUUUUUAAACAUUUUUGAAUGUUGUGUAUAUUAUAUUUUUAAACAUUUUUAGACAAUGUCCAGCAGGUACUCUCAGCCAAAGUUUCGAACAUGUUUUUAUCUGCAUGUUGACCAAUAUAUCAAAAUUGAAUUGAAUUAUUGACAAGCUGCUACUAGCACUCAAAAGAGAGACAUCUAAUUCCUUAUUGAAAUUCCGUAAUGCUAUCUGUAUCUAUGGUAUCAUUAAAGAAAUUAGAACAUUAAAUACAAUUUGUAAUAUUAAACAAAUGCAUAUGCCCUUCUAUUUAUAGACACUAAAGGCUAAAGUCCAGUUAAGCUCGGGAUUCUGUAAAAGCCAGAUCUCCUCAUUUAACAUUGUUGCUAUGUUUGGCAGAAGUAUAUCAUGGUAUUAUUCAAAGCUAAACUAAGUUAUUUUCCUGCUUACGUUGACCGCAACAUCUAUGUAAAUACAGUUCCUUGGAAACAUAAUGUGUGUGGAUUAUAUUUUCUUUUCUUUUCUUUGCAUUGUUUGACUGUCAAAUGAAAAAAAUGAAUGUUUUUAAAAAAAUAAAGAUGAAUAGAUUACAGUA